UUGACUCACUCUAAAAUAUUACUGCUACUACUAUUCAAUUCAAAACCCUAAAUAAACAAAUCUUCCACCCACCCCAUUGACCUUCUUCUCUCAAAGGUUUCGCCUUGGUCCUCACGUUUUCCCCAUUACCACCCUUCUACCAAUUUUCUCUAUUUCUACAAUGUUUCUCCAUUGCUCUCAAUGAUGGAUUCUCCCUCUUUUUCUUCCUCCUCCUCUGAGUUCGCUUCCAUUGCCAUCGCCGAUCAGAAUGGAGCCCGAAGUCGGAGAAGUGGAAGCGCCAGCGAAGUCGCGGUUGCGGAAGAGUCGCGGCGGUGGCACGAUGUUUUCUGGUUAGGAAUAUUCGUAAUCCAUUUGAUUGGCCUGGGAUUUCUUCUGGGGGUUCUUGGCCUCAAUAGGUUUGAGAAAGAGAAUAGACUUAACAUUGAUAAGUACACCUCUCGGUUUUCUGAGAAUGAAGCUGGGUUGACCGAGACUUACUGGCCCCUCUAUGCUGCUGCUGGUGGAGUUGGCACUGUUCUUGGAUGGAGUUGGUUGUUGUUGUUGGGUUCCCAAGCUACUCAUAUGAUGAAGGUGUCUAUUCACAUCCUCACCACUUAUCUUGCUGUGAUCAGUGUUUUGUGUUUCUGGGCUAAGCAGUUUUUCUGGGGGGUUGCUUUUGCUAUUGGAGCUGUUCUGCAGUUCUUGUAUGUCAUCUCGGUCAUAGACAGACUUCCAUUUACGAUGUUGGUUCUGCAAAAAGCUGUGAAGAUGGUUUGGAGUCUUCCCGAGGUUAUGAGAGUGGCAUAUGCGUUUAUGCUUGUUGUGCUUUUGUGGAUGGCCUUAUGGUCAUUUGGAGCAGCUGGUGUCGUGGCUUCGAGCAUGGGUGAUGGUGGACGCUGGUGGCUUCUUGUGGUUCUCUCUGUAAGUUUAUUUUGGACAGGUGCAGUACUGUGUAAUACUGUGCAUGUUAUAGUGUCUGGGAUGGUGUUUCUUGUUCUUUUCCAUGGUGGUAGAGAGGCAGCAUCAAUUCCUGCUAACUCCUUAAAAAAAUCUCUGCAGUAUGCUUUAACAACAUCUUUUGGCAGCAUUUGUUAUGGCUCAUUAUUUACUGCUGCUAUUAGGACUCUGCGGUGGGAGAUACGGGGAUUUCGGUCAAAGAUUGGCAACAAUGAAUGUUUGCUUUGCUGUGUUGAUUUCCUUUUCCAUCUUGUGGAGACUCUUGUUCGUUUUUUUAACAAGUAUGCCUACGUUCAGAUUGCUGUUUAUGGUAAAAGCUUUAACCGUUCGGCUAGAGAUGCCUGGGAGUUAUUCCAGUCAACUGGAGUUGAAGCACUUGUGGCCUAUGAUUGUUCAGGUGCUGUCCUGCUAAUGGGCACCGUUUUUGGUGGGCUCAUAACUGGAACUUGCUCUGGUAUAUGGGCAUGGGUUAAAUGGAGUGACAGAGUUAUUAUGAUUGGGUCCACGUCCAUGCUCAUGGGGAUGGUACUGGUUGGAUUGGCAAUGGUUGUGGUGGAAAGUGCUGUUACAUCCAUAUAUAUAUGCUAUGCAGAAGACCCCUUAUUGAUUCAUAGAUGGGACCCUGAAUUUUUCAACCAGAUGUCUGAAACACUACAUCAGCGACUUCAACAUAGGAGUGCUAGAGCUAGGGAAGUUUUAACCCAAAAUCGAUUCGAUGACCGUAUACGAGAAAACGCCUCUAUUUGA